ACUCCCUUUGUGCCACAGAAGAAGUAGCAUUACAAAUGCUAUUCCAGGAUAAGGAUAUUUAUAUUUCUGUUCUUCAAACUGUUUCAGGUAUUUUCAAUUCAAUUCAAUUUUAUUUAUAUAGCGCUUUUCACAAUUGUUAAUAGUUGCAAAGCAGCUUUACAUGAGUAGAUGUAGAGGAGAACACCGAAAAUCAAUAGAUACUAUAAGAAGUAGAAUAUAGCGGCUAAGAAUAAACCGUACAAGCGAGCGUAUUAAUAAUGUAACGUAUACAGUACAGUGCUAAGUUAAGCCAAAGUUGGCUGACUCUCCCUGGGACGAAAAAACCCCCUAGGAGAAAACCCGGUGGGAAAAACUCCUAGAAGGACAAAAACCCUUGGGAGAAAUUAAUAUAUAUUUAUAUAUAUAUAGACACGGAAGGGAUAGGAAGCGGGUAAGCGAUUAAACUGGUUCAACCGGUGGUCAUUGGUCGCGCAAUGGCUGGGCAUCACGUUGAAGCACCGCCAGUAGAUCAGUGGUGUGAUGACCUUCACAGCAACAGGAACUGGGUCUGGUUGUCUCAUUGUCCUCGGGGUCGAGGACGAGACAGGGAGACAAAAACAGAAUUCUAUUAGCGUAGGGGCCGUUCGCAUGUAAUGCAAGUGUCAUACAUUAUAGUGGUUUAAGUCAGCUCGGUUCCAGGCUAACUAUUGUGGCAAUAGUAUAUUACCCAUAUGAGGUAUGUGAGUGCUUUGUUCUAGACAAAAUAACUACUGCGGGAAAAGUACAUUUACUGGACAUUCUAUGUGAAUGCUUUGUUAAAGAAGAAUGUCUUAAGUUUAGAUUUAAAUUGGAUCAGACACUCGACUGUGUCUGAUACUCGAACAUUAUUUGGUAAAUCAUUCCAGAGCUUAGGGGCCAAGUAGGAAAAGGAUCUACCACCUUUAGACACUUUUGAUAUUCUAGGGAUAAUUAAGUAACCAGAAUUUUGUGAUCGCAGUUUACGUGGUGGAUUGUAUUCUGAUAGUAGUUCUUUAAUAUACGAGGGUGCUAGGCCAUUUAAGGCUUUGUAGGUGAUUAGUAAUAUUUUUAAUUGUAUGCGAUGUUUAACUGGUAGCCAGUGUAAAGAUGCCAGAAUUGGACUAAUGUGGUCAUACUUUUUAGAUCGAGUAAGCACUCUUGCGGCAGCGUUUUGAACCAGCUGUAGCUUGUUUACCUGAUUUGCAUUGCAUCCCCCGAGUAACGAGUUACAAUAGUGUAUUCUAAAGGUCAUAAAAGCAUGGAUAAGCUUUUCUGCAUCUGAUGCAGACAGCAUAUGGCGUAUUUUUGAGAUAUUUCUAAGAUGGAAGAAUGCUGUGCGGAAGACGUUGGAGAUAUGACUAUCGAAAGAUAGAUUGCUGUCAAACAUUACGCCUAAAUUCUUAACCGUGGAAGAUGGCACCACCGUGCAGCCAUCUAUGGGCAACUUGAAAUUUGACAUAUUAUGUUUGGAGUGAUUUGGUUCAAUAAUAAGUAUCUCAGUCUUAUUGGAGUUAAGCAUAAGAAAGUUAUGUGCCAUCCAGUCCCUAAUAUUACUAAUGCAUUCUGUUAGCUUAGCAAACUGGUGGGUUUCGCUAGGAUGUGACCAGAGUUGGGUAUAACGCGUUACUGUGUAACGCAUUACUGUAAUCUAAUUACUUUUCCUGGUAACGCAGUAAUGUAACGCUUUACAUUUUAAAUGUAUGUAAUUUGACUACAGUUACCAAUUUUAAUAAAAUUACGUUACUAGCGUUACAUGAAGUGUUGAAAAAAUAAUUAAAAUGUAUUUUAAAAUGACGUUUUGCGCAGCAACGUCAGUUAAUGAGCAUGCGCGCAGCGUCAGUUAAACAGCAUGCUUUAAUCACUUAUCGGAGGACGCGCGCUAAAAUGGAUGCAGAGUGUGCUGGUUGUUUCUUUAAAUGGAAAUACAGACAUUAUUUUAAUUUCAUUGAGUGUAAAAACAAAAAUAUUACUGUUAAAUGCAAACUUUGUGCAAUUCCUAAAGAGCUUUCUACUGCUCUUAACUCCACGAGCAAUUUGUUUAAGCACUGAAGCAGAAAGCAUUCGACAACAAAACUCGUCGCCAAGGAUAAUGAUGCACGUGCCCAAGAAGAAAGCAGCCCAACCAAGCCUAAACAGGCUAAAUUGGAUUUUUCUUCAGGUUCGUGAAGGAAAGUAACUUCGGAACAAGUAAAGAAGGCUGUAGCAGCAUACGUCGUGGAGGAAAUGCUGCCCUUGUCCACUGUGGAAUCACAGUCAUUCAGAGAUAUACUUGCGAUGAUACCCGUGACGGACCUGUCUAAUGUGACGCAGGACCGAAAGACAUUUUCAAGGUACUUGGAUAAAUGUUAUGCUGAGAUGGAGCAUGAACAUUUGAGCGUCUAGAGGAUGUCUCCACAACCGCAGACAUUUGGACUAGUAAUAAUAAAAGCUUCCUUGGGAUGACUGCCCAUUGGAUUAAUCCUGUGUCUUUUAGCCGUGAAAAAGCUGCUAUAGCCUGUAAAAGAAUUAAAGGAAGGCAUACAUAUGAUGUGAUUGGAAGUGAAAUUGGGCAGGUGCAUUCAGCAUUUGGGCUAUCAAGUAAAAUCACAGCGACAGUCACAGACAACGGGUCAAAUUUCCUAAAAGCGUUCAGAAUGUAUGCACCUACUGAAGAAACACAAUCUGAUUCUGAAGACGAUUUUGAUGACGAUGAAGUGACAUUCACAGAUGUCGGCCAGGCUCUCUCCUCUGAGUCGGACCGACAAUUUACUCUUCCCCCUCACCUGAGCUGUGCUUCCCACAUGCUUAAUUUAGUGUCGCGCAAUGAUAUAGAAAAAUGGCUUACAACUAAAAAUGAGUCCAAAACUACAUACAGAAGUGUCCUUGCCAAGUGCUCUGGUUUGUGGACUAAAGCAAGUCGCUCGACAGUGGCCUCAGAGGUAGAGGAGGAUGUAAUAAAAAGAAAGCUCAUCGUUUCCACCGCAACGAGAUGGAAUUUAUUUCAUGAUGCACUGUCACUUGUGUCUCAAAUCGCACUUACAGAUUUAAACACCCUUUGCAAUCAAAUGGGGAUAAAAUGCAUCACAGAAAAGGAAUAUCUUUUCCUAAAGGAAUAUUGCGCAGUACUGAAGCCCCUCGCCACUGCCCUGGAUAUCUUACAAGGUGAAGAUCACUGCUAUUACGGCACCAUCCUACCAACACUCGAAGUUCUCAUGUCCAAAACCUUGGCACUUAAAAGUGGUCUUUCCGCUAUGACAUCUGGUCUGCCAGAAGCGAUUGCCAUACAAGCACGAUUCAGCUCUGUCUUGGACAGUAAUGAUGCACUUUUGGCAGCUGCCACUUUACCUUGUUUCAAGUUACGCUGGAUUAAGGAUGAGGGGAAAAAAAAACAUGUGAAGUCAUUGCUGGUUGCAGAAUGUCAAGCUCAACGCUCUGAGGGCCCCACUGUGGAGCAGAAACCUUCUACCUCCAAUGACAAUGAUUUUUUUUAUGUUUGAAGAUGAGGAUACGUCUUACUCUUAUUCUUCAGAGACAGAAGUCAUGGAGUACCUGAAGUCUUCUGCAUUAGAGCUAGACAUUCUCAACAAAUUCCCAAACAUUAAAGGCAUCUCCCUCAAAUACAACACUGCAACACCAUCGAGUGCUCCAGUUGAAAGACUUUUUAGUUUAGGGAGUCUCGUGCUGACCCCAAAGAGAAACAGACUUUCCAGCAAGCGAUUUGAGAAACUUCUUCUGAUGAGAUACAAUCACUACUUUACUGACAAGUAAAAGAUGAAUUUAUACCCUGAAGAAGUGUAGAAAAAGCUUUCGCAGUUCAGUACAUGUACACAGAAAAAAAAAACUUUUUAAGCAUUCAAAUAGGCACUUUAUUUUAAUCAUUACUGUUUUAAAUGUUAUCAGAAACAUUUUCACAUUUAAGUUUUUCAUUAAUGUUCACAAACAGUAAGGAUAUAUUGCAUACACAUUCAUCCUAGCAAUGUUCUAUGAAUGUAAUACAUUGUACACAGACACGUUUAAAAGUAAUACAAUUUCAUUGUUAGGCAGGUUAAGUCUAAAGUCAAGUUGAAGUUUUCAUCUGUAAUA